AUGGAUACACCCACAUCCUCGUCCAUUUUCUCCUUUUACGGACAAAGCCUGGAUGAGGCUCGUCCUUUGUUAACUCAAUCAACCGCUACAUCUUAUACCCGCGACGAGAGUUGCUAUGACCAACCCGUCGUUGAACAUGAGGAGCGAAUGGCAACAGCCUCUCCAUUCAGUGGGAUCAGCAACUUGUUGAAUACUAUUUUGGGUACUGGCGUGCUGGCCAUGCCAGCAGCAGUAGCCACCGUUGGAUUGAUACCAGGCAUGGUGUUGACAUUAUUUUCUGGCAUCACUUCAGGUACAGGUCUGUACUUUUUAUCAGAAUCAGCAGCACGUGUACAAGGCCGUCAUGCCUCAUUUUUUGCUGUCUCUCAGCUGACAUGGCCAAGCGCUGCCAUGUGGUUUGAUACGGCCAUUGCAAUCAAGUGCUUUGGUGUAGCCGUCAGCUACUUGAUUAUUAUUGGUGAUCUCUUGCCGCUGGUCGUGCUUGCAUUUGCAUCUGAGCCAAUCGCUGAUACAUCGCUCCUUCUGGACCGUCGUUUGUGGAUCUUGGUUGUAAUGGCUAUACUUGCUCCUCUCAGCUAUCUACGUACGCUUGAUGCCUUACGCCAUAUUAGUGCUCUUGCCAUAGUAUCGGUUAUCUACCUUUGUGCCAUCGUUGUCUACCAUUACUUUACGCCUGGGUUAUUACCAACGCCAGAACAAGUCGACCUAUGGCAUAUCACCCCUGGCAUCUUUAGCAAACUCCCUGUUUUUAUCUUUGCUUUUACAUGUCACCAAAAUAUUUUCACCGUACACAACGAGUUGAAAGAUAAUAGUCGUCGAUCGAUGAUUAAAGUCAUCAUUUGGGCUAUCGGAUCAGCUGCUGCCGUUUAUGAAUUGGUGGCCACAGUGGGUUAUUUGAGCUUUGGUCGCAAUGCUAAGGGCAACAUCAUUCUAGAAUAUCCCCCAAGUCCAUUUGUGGCAGGUGGUCGACUUGCUAUCGUUAUUUUGGUCAUGUUGGGAUACCCACUUCAACUGCAUCCAUGUCGUGCAUCAUUUAGCAAGAUAUUAGAGGCACUCAACAUCCAUCCACCAAUGAAGCAUUAUACCACAACUACAGCUCUUGUCAUUGGUACUUUUAUUAUUGCCAUCAGCGUAUCACAACUUGAUCUCGUGCUUGCAUUUGUUGGAUCUACCGGCUCAACUGCAAUCUCAUUCAUCCUACCAGGCUUAUUUUAUUACAAGCUACAUCAGGAUAAACCAUGGACCUGGGGAAAGACAAUAGCAGCCAUCCUAGCAGCUUAUGGUGUAGCAAUCAUGAGCGUUUGCUUAACGUUCAAUAUCAUUCGAUUAUUCACAGAAUAG